GUACUACAACUCCCACAAUGCACCGGGUCUCGCCCUUCAACGCUCGAGUGCAAGUCUGACAGCAGCACCACUCGCACUCAGACUCGUGAAGUACGCAAGUAAAUCAGCUUAAAGUCGCGGAAAAUGAAAUAAAACGUGUUUAAACGGCUUUCCUGCAAAACUGUGUCGCCUGCAGCCGCGCGUUAGUUUGACGCGAGCGGGUUUGUAGUGUGGAUGGUGACUGACUGGCUGCCUACUGUAUGUGAGUGGAUGGUGACUGGAGUUUAUAACUUCAUCAUAUGUUUGUUUAUGAGCUUAGAAGACCCAACAGCAUGGGAAUGUUUGAGCACAUCGUCACCAGAUUCCGUUAAAGUCGGUGUUUUUCUCGUGAAUUUACCCAGAGAGCUACAAUAGGUGCUGUCCGACAGCCAGGUUUGUUGUGUGUGUGUGUGUGUGUGUGUGUGUUUGCGUGCUGGGCCAGCGAGCCUGCUCUGCGUUGGCGUCUAUGAAUGGAUCAGGUUGGAAUGGGGAACACAGAACACCAGGGGGCGCUGUCAAAGGGCGAAGUGCUGCCAUUCCCCGCCUCCAGCCAAUCAGAGGGUUUUAACCAGGGUCCCACAGUCUUGAACUCUCUGUUCUCGGGGGCAUUUGCAGGAGCCGUGGCCAAAACAUCCAUCGCCCCGCUGGACCGAACCAAGAUUAUCUUCCAAGUGUCGUCAAAUAGAUUCUCUGCUAAGGAGGCGUACAGGUUGAUUUACCGGACGUAUCUGAAGGAUGGCUUCUUCAGUCUGUGGAGGGGAAACUCGGCAACAAUGGUGCGCGUUAUUCCAUACGCAGCCAUCCAGUUCUGCGGUCAUGAACAAUACAAGAGGAUUCUGGGGCAGUAUUACGGCUUCCAGGGCAAAGCUCUGCCUCCUGUGCCGCGGCUGCUGGCCGGUUCGCUGGCAGGAACCACAGCUACCAUGAUCACAUAUCCUCUGGACAUGGUCCGAGCUCGCAUGGCCGUCACACCCAAAGAGAUGUACAGCAACAUCCUGCAGGUGUUCGUCCGAAUCUCUCGUGAGGAGGGGUUACAGACGCUCUACAAAGGCUUCACUCCCACAAUCCUCGGCAUUAUGCCGUACGCAGGACUCAGUUUCUUCACCUACGAGACGUUCAAGAAAAUCCACGCAGAGCACACGGGCCGCUCUCAGCCGUUCUCGUACGAGCGUCUGGCGUUCGGUGCGUGCGCAGGAUUGAUCGGUCAGUCGGCCUCUUACCCGCUGGACGUGGUGCGCAGACGCAUGCAGACGGCGGGGGUCACUGGACGCACCUACAGCAGCAUCUCGGGCACCAUGCGGGACAUCGUGAGGGAGGAGGGCGUGAUCCGUGGCCUCUACAAGGGCCUGAGCAUGAACUGGGUCAAAGGGCCCAUCGCCGUCGGCAUCAGCUUCAUGACCUUUGACCUCAUGCAGAUCCUGCUAAGCAAACUUCAGCAGUUCAACCACAGCGCGCGGUAGCUAAAAAACAACAUUUUAUAGCUUUUUUGUUUUUAACCUAAGCAAAUACAGCCAGUGAGGAGGACGGGAAAUGCCUGGCGUUAUUUGACUAGUUUAAAGUUCUGUUUUAUAAUACAAAAGCAUAUGUGCACAGCAAAUAUGAUGGUAUUUUAGUCUUGUUUUCCAAUACAAAUGUCUAAACAUUUUUAAAUUAAGAUGCAUUUACUUGAGAAUCAGAUUGUCUCAAAAUGAGGUGAGUUUACGCUUCAAACAAGAAGAAAAAAUAUCUGCCAAUAGGGUCAGAAACAAGUUCUUACUUCAAAGGGAAAGCUAAAUAAUUUUUCUAACUCCACUGGCACGUGUUUAUUCUUGUUUUUCUUCAUUUUGAUGAAUUAUACAAAAAAAACUAUUUAUUGUGCAUCUUUUUGCAUGUAUCUUGUUCUAAGAAUGUUUCGAAUUUGUACGGGAAAGCAGGACAAGAACACGGGUCAAGAAGCUGAUUUUUGCGGGGUGUGUUUGGUACAGAGACGCACUGAAUGUUCAACUCUCCACACAUG